AUGAGGGGCUGGCAGGGCUGAGCGGGAGGCGGCGGCCGAGCCGUGCGUGUGGCCGAGCCCGCCGGUCCCGUCCCUCUGGCUGCUGGUGGCGGGUGCUGCGGGCUGGCUGCCCCCUUGCGCCCCUCCGAGGCCCGGGGGGAGGAGGAAGGAGGAGGCGGAGGAAGCGGCGGCACCAGGAGCAGGGAGGCGGCGGCGAGGGAGCCUGGUGGAGUCGGAGCCGGGCCCGCAGCGACGGCGGCUCCUUCUCGGAGUAAUUAGAGGGCAGAAAUAAUAUGCUGCUGUUUGAGAGAGGAAGAGGAGAGAUUUUGAAACAACUCGACCCACCUAUGCACCCCAGCCUUCUCACCCUAAACUGUUUCCUCCUCUGCCAGAAACAAACUACUGUGUAGUCUCUGCCUAUGGAAAUGGCUCUUGAAGUUAAAUGAGACUGGAUAAAAUACAUACAUGAAGCAGAGGCUGCUCUACAUGUGUUAAGGCUAAAAUACCAGAAAGAGCUUUUGAUGAGCCAGACUUGGUAGCUUGUCAUAAUGAAGAAAAUUAGUCUCAAAACAAUUCGCAAAUCCUUUAACUUAAAUAAAAGCAAAGAAGAAAGUGACUUUGUAGUGGUUCAGCAGCCAUCAUUAAGUGAAUUUGGAAAAGAUGACUCCUUGUUUGGCAGCUGCUAUGGUAAAGAUUUGGCUAGCUGUGAAGUUAACAGUGAAGAUGAAAAAGGUGGCAAAAAUAGAUCAAAAAGUGAAAGCUUAAUGGGUACUUUAAAAAGAAGGCUUUCAGCAAAACAAAAGCAGAAAGGGAAAGGCAGCACGCCAUCUGUAAGCUCUGCUGAUGACGAUACCUUUUCUUCCUCAUCUGCUCCAAUAACCUUUAAAGAUGUGAGAGCUCAAAGACCUCUAAGAUCCACAUCCCUCCGUAACCACCAUUACAGUCCAACACCAUGGCCCCUUCGAUCGACAAACUCAGAAGAGACAUGUAUCAAAAUGGAAGUGAAAGUCAAGGCCUUGGUCCACUCCUCUAACCCAAGCCCAGCGCUGAAUGGUGUUCGAAAGGACUUCCAUGACUUGCAGUCAGAUAGUGUGUUUCAAGAACAAAACAAUACAUUAAGAAGUACGGAAUCCCAGAAUGGGGACCUACAUCUUCAUAUUGAUGAACAUGUGCCUGUAGUUAUUGGACUAAUGCCUCAGGACUACAUUCAGUAUACUGUGCCUUUAGAUGAGGGAAUGUAUCCUUUGGAAGGAUCACGUAGUUACUGUCUAGAUAGUUCCUCACCCAUGGAAGUUUCAACUGUUUCUUCUCAAGUGGGCGGAAAUGCUUUUCAUGAAGAUGAGGGUCAGGUGGAUCAAGAUGUAGUUGUUGCUCCAGAUAUAUUUGUGGACCAGGCAGUGAAUGGUUUGUUGAUUGGUACCACAGGAGUCAUGUUGCAAAGCCCAAGAGUUAAUCACAGUGAUGUCCCUCCACUCUCACCAUUGCUACCUCCGAUUCAGAAUAAUCAAAUCCAAAGGAACUUUAAUGGACUGAAUGGCACAGAUGCCCAUGUUGCUGAAAGUAUGCGCUGCCAUUUGAAUUUUGAUCCUAACUCUGCCCCAGGAGUUGGAAGAGUUUAUGACUCUGUACAAAAUAGUGGUCCUAUGGUUGUGACGAGCCUCACAGAGGAACUGAAAAAACUUGCAAAACAAGGAUGGUACUGGGGCCCUAUCACACGUUGGGAGGCAGAGGGAAAACUGUCAAAUGUGCCUGAUGGUUCAUUUCUUGUUCGAGAUAGCUCUGAUGACCGUUAUCUUUUAAGCCUGAGUUUUCGCUCCCAUGGUAAAACCCUUCAUACUAGAAUUGAACAUUCAAAUGGUAGGUUUAGCUUUUAUGAACAACCAGAUGUGGAGGGACAUACUUCUAUUGUUGAUCUAAUUGAACAUUCAAUCAGGGACUCUGAAAAUGGAGCUUUUUGCUAUUCAAGGUCUCGAUUGCCUGGAUCUGCAACUUACCCAGUGAGAUUGACAAACCCAGUAUCUCGGUUUAUGCAGGUGCGUUCCUUACAGUACCUGUGUCGUUUUGUUAUACGUCAGUAUACCAGAAUAGACCUGAUCCAGAAACUGCCUUUGCCAAACAAAAUGAAGGAUUAUUUACAAGAAAAGCACUACUGAAAGCUUAUGGGAAUCUUGCAUCUUGCACUUUGGGAACAAAAAAAAAGAUUGAAAUACAGUUUACAAAUUUUCAUUGCUAUCAAAAUCUUUUGCUGCCAUAACAAUGUUUCAUUUUUGUGUGUAAAGAAGGGUAAUGCAUCUUUUUUGUUUGUUUAUGUUUGGUGUUUUUUGUUUGUUUGAGGGGGCUUUUUUUUUUAAAGAAUGAUUACAAGGUUUUUAGAAGUGUGAAAUAGCUAUCUUUCAUCAAUGUGCAGAAAAUAAUCACAAUGUGAAUGAUCAAAUUCUCCUUAAUUUCCCCAAGUGCUGCUAUCCACUGUGAUUUUUAUGCAUUGAGUGCAUUUCAUGUGUAUUCAACCAUAAGUAAAAGUGAAAUGAAACUUGUAGAAUGGAAUUUUUGUCUUCUUAAAAUUGCCUAUUUUAUAAAGAUAAUUGUGGACAAAACAUACAGGUAGAUAAAUUACAGAAUUUAGAUAUACAGUGAAAAUGAUUUCCCAGCAUCCUAAAUGAACAUCUCCAUAGAACUGCCCUAAUUUAAAACUACUUAAUCGAUGUAGCUGUGUGAUGGAAUAUAGUUAUGCAGCAUAUCUUUGGAAACCUCCUUUCUCCUAAAUGAUUUUAUAGUUUGUAUGCGCUAUUUUGCCUUUGAGAAAUUGGGUUGAGUUUUCUUUUUCUUGGAAUUUCCUUAUAAUUUUUUCUUCUCCGUUUAAAAACAGCCUUGAAAAACAGUACAGAGCAUCAAUAUGGAAAUUGUAGCAUUUAAAAUGAUGUUAAACAUGGAUUACUAAUGACAUUGUUGAAAAAAAAUCUACAAAUCUCCCUAAUUGUAGGAACUAUCAAUUAAAGUGAUAAUGUGACAAGACUUCUGAAAACAAUUUCUACACUACAGUUGGUUGUCCCCGCCCCACCCUUUCCCUCUUGCAUUUUGACAUUUAGUAUUUGAUUCUGGGAUUUUGUGGGGGGGUUGGAGAGGGCUUAAACAAAUUAUACCUAAGGCUGCAUUUUUUUAACCUUUGUAUAUUUGAAAUUAGUGACAGAAGGGGUUUUGGUUUAAUACAGUGGCCACAGAAAAGGGCUUUGUUACUAACAGUCUCAGGCACUGUUAUGAAAAUUGACUGUUUUGACAUAAAAGUAUCAUAUCAAUUUAGUAAAUAUUUCUGACAUCUGACAAGGAUAGUGGCAUUUAAAAAGUCUUAAGGGGAGCCUGACUUUCUACAAGAGAUUUCUGGAUUGGGAGACUGGGCCCUAGAUUGCAAAGUUUUCCUUGUGCAAUAUUCAUCAUAUUGGUGUUUCCCUUUAUAGCUAUUUUACAUUUGUGCUUUCAAUUUUAAAGGUGAUCAUGACUAAAUUUGUGUUUUAGUUUUGUUUUUAAAUCAAUGUUAUAUUUUUUAGCAUGUCACCUUCUCUGUCAGCAGUUGGUAGAAGUUGCUGCUUAGUAAAGAUCAACAUAGAAAAAGGCUGGGAUAAAUCCUUUUUGGAUCAUUUUCUUUUGGUUAUUUUAUCUAGCUUUUUUGCCCCCUGAAAUGAAUUUGUAGCAUUGAAUACACUAUUGCUGCAAAGUGCUGCAGUAGCACUACAUCUUGGGUUGCCUGAAUUGAUAUGCUAAAUUUAUAUAUUUUUUUUAAUUUAUUUUUUGGACCACAGUAUUUUAAAAAAAAAAAUCAAAGGCAGAUAAAGCCUGUCUGUUCUGAGGGAUAGAGGAUGAUGAUUUCUUCUUUUGUCCAAUAAUAUUUUUAAACUUAAAAAAAUAUUCUCAGCAAAGUAUAUAUGUUUAAUUUGUUGUCUCUGCCAUUCAUAUAUAUUUAUGCAAGCUUGAAUCCAGAUUUCUCUCUUCUGGACGUUUUUUUCUUCUUUGAAUCAGGGCUACAAACUUUAGUAAAAAAGGCACAAUAAUCUUAUAACAUGGUACAGUGUUCUGAUUCUAUCUGAGUAGAGGACAGAGGAAGUCAUUUUUAUGGAAUAUGAAACAUGCUUGUUAGGAUGAAACCUUUCACAUUUUUUUCACUUUAAAAAUUCUUCCCCCACACAAUCCAGAGGGACUGUACACUUUACAAAGUCUCUAGAAUUGUGUAGUACGUUAGGCAAUGAUAUAAAAUUAGGAAAUAUAUCCCAGUGUUUAACAAACUUAAAGAUGCAUUUAAAAUAUGCUUUGUGCAUAAGUAUUUAAUGGACCUUGCGUAAGGGCUUAAACAUCUGAAACUUUAAUAUCCCAAUUUCAUUGCUGUAUUAAGAAAAUGUAUGUGAACUUGUGUGCUAAGUUUCUUUUCCAUGUCUUCAUUUAUUCGUUUGGUCACCUAUCAGAGUUGGACACUUAUGAAAUAUUACUUUUGGUUAAAUUCAUCCAGUGCAUUUUGAGUUGCCUUCCUUGCUGUGUACUUUAAUUGUAAACUUAGUAAAAGGUCCAGUUCUAAUUGCCUCUUUUUGAUGAGCUUUCCAUAGGUUUGAUUAAAAGGACCCUGACAAGUACUUCAGACCUAAGAGAAGACCUGCCUAGAAUUUUUUUGUAAUCUGAUGCUGUAAUGUCCUAAAUUUCAAAUAUUUUGAAAUCCACCAUUCUGUAAAGACAUUUUUUUAAAAGCUACCAGAUUCAGAAUCUCUCUCUUUUUGUUACUGAAGCAGUCUUCCAGUCGUAGGAGCACAGAUUAAGAAACCCUAUUUUGACAACAUUGACUUAUAGUUGCUUAUUAUAAUGAUUACUGUGAUAGCCACAGUAAUGUUGUUUAGUUACAAAGCAGCUGAAAAUUAUUAAAGGGCAACAACUGUAGUCAGGAAAGACAGUCUUCAUUUGUGCUCCAUAACAAAUAUAGGAACAAAAUCUGUGUUUGCCAAAUGGAAGAAAACAAAUAUGGUAGGUUGAAAAAAGUUAUUUUCAGGCCUUUAAUAGAAGAUAAACAAAAAUUAAAUAAAAAUAAAAUAAAAACAAUUUAAUUCUGUUCCUUUAAAGUAAAACAGUGCUUGUUUUAUUCAGUACAACAGUCAGAGGGUAUGUCUACACUACGGGAUUAUUCCGAUUUUACAUAAACCAGUUUUGUAAAACAUUGUAUAAAGUCGAGUGCACCUGGCCACACUAAGCACAUUAAUUCGGCAGUGUGCGUCUAUGCACCGAGGCUAGUGUCGAUUUCCGGAGCGUUGCACUGUGGGUAUCUAUCCCGUAGCUAUCUCAUAGUUCCCGCAGUCUCCCCCACACAUUGGAAUUCUGGGUUGAGAUCCCAAUGCAAAAACAGUGUCAUGGGUGAUUCUGGGUAAAUGUCGUUACUCAAUCCUUCCUCCGUGAAAGCAACGGCAGACAAUCAUUUUGCGCCCUUUUUCCCUGGAUUGCCCUUGCAGACGCCAUAGCAUGGCAAUGAUGGAGCCCGUUUUGCCUUUUCACUAUCACCGUAUGUGUACUGGAUGCUGCUGACAGACAUGGUACUGCAGUGCUACAGAGCAGCAUUCAUUUGCCUUUGCAAGGUAGCAGAGACGGUUACCAUCCCUAUUGCACCCUCUGCCAUUGUAAAUUGGCAAUGAGAUGAUGAUUAUCAGUCAUUUUGUACAGUCUGCUGCUGUCAUGGGUGCUCCUGGCUGACCUCGUUGAGGUCGGCCGGGGGCGCAUGGACAAAAAUGGGAAUGACUCCCGGGUCAUUCCCUUCUUUAUGUUUUGUCUAAAAAUAGAGUCAGACCUGCCUAGAAUAUGGGGCAAGUGUACUAGAGAACCAGAGAGCACAGCCACUCCGUGUCAGAGCCCCAGAGAUCCUGCAGAAAUGAUGAGCUGCAUACCAUUCAUGGGGGUGCCCCUUCAACAAUCCCACUCGUUGCUUUCCUCCUCUCCCAACCUUCCUGUGCUACCGUGGCAGUGUCCCCCCAUUUGUGUGAUGAAGUAAUAAUGCAGGAAUAAGAAACACUGACUUUUUAGUGAGAUAAAAUGAGGGGGAGGAAGCCUCCAGCUGCUAUGAUAGUUUAGGCAGAACAUUAAAGGGUGGGUGGGGGAGAGGAGCGCAGCCUCCCGCUGCUAUGAUAGUCCAGGCAGUACAGAAUUUUUUCUUUAGACAUGAAAAGGUGGGGGCUGAUGGAGCUCAGCCUCCAGUUGCUAUGAUGAGGAUGGUUACCAGCCGUUUUGUACCAUCUGCCGGGAAUGACCGGGAGUCAUUCCCAUUUUUACCCAGGCGCUCCCAGCCAACCUCACCAAGGCCAGCCAGGAGCACUCACGGGCUGAUGGUGCAAUAUGACUGAUAUCCAUCUUCAUCAUCAGCCACCAGGAAGGGGAUGCUGGUGUUCAGCGCUGCAGCAUCCCGUCUACCAGCAGCAUGCAGUAGACAUAGGGUGACAUUGAAAAAAGGCAAGAAAUGAUUUUUUCCCCUUUUCUUUCCGGGGGGGUCGGGGGAAGGGUGUACAUUUACAACAUAUACACUGAAACACCCGGGAAAAUGUUUUUGACCCUUCAGGAAUUGGGAGCUCAGCCAAGAAUGCAAAUACUUUUUAGAGACUACAGGGACUAUGGGAUAGCUGGAGUCCUCAGUACCCCCUCCUUCCCUCCAUGAGCGUCUAUUUGAUUCUUUGGCUUUCUGUUACUCGUGUCACA